AUUUUCAAUCUUUGAAAAUAAUGUCAUAAAGGACUCAAAAUUUUAAUAUUUCGCAUUCUAAAUUAAAUCUAAAUUGUAUAAUGUUAAGGCGCAGUCUAAGCCAUCUGGACAAGCUGCCGAAGGCGAAGGUGGCCGAGUGGCUGGCCGGGAUCGACACCAUUAUAUGCAGCACGGAUGGGGUGCUGUGGCAGGAAAAUAUCCCCAUUGAGGGCUCCGUAGAGGCGUUCAAUGCCAUAAUUUCAAAGGGAAAGCGAUGUUUCAUAGCCACCAACGAGUGCUGCCUAACAAACAAGGAUCUGUUCCAGAAGGCCAAGUGCCUGGGCUUCAAUGUCAAGGAGCAGGACAUCUUCAGCUCGUCGGGUGCCAUUGCGAGUUACCUUAGCGACAGGAAGUUUAAGAAGAAAGUCAUCGUUUUGGGUGGUGACGGUAUCCGCAAAGACCUGAAAGAGGCCGGAUUCUGUUCCGUGGUGAACGAUCUACAACCAAAUGACCAGAAAAAAAUCGACUUCGUCAGGAGCUUAGUUCUUGAUCCGGAUGUGGGAGCUGUGUUGGUGGCCAGAGACGACAACAUGAUAGCGAACGAUUUGCUUGUGGCCUGCAACUAUCUUCAAAAUCCCAAAGUUUUGUUCCUUAGCACUUGCAUUGAUGGAUUCCAGCCUUUUGGGAAAAAGAGGAUCCCAGAUGCCGGAUCUCUGGCCUCUGCCAUCGAGAUAAUUGUACAACGCAAGCCUACCGUUUUGGGCAAGCCGAAUCAGCGGAUUUUAGGCAAGUUGAUGAAGUCUGGCGAAAUAAAGCCCGAAAAGACGCUUGUCAUUGGAAAUUCGCUUAAAUCAGACAUUUUAUUUGCAAGUAUAUGUAAUUUCCAAUCCUUAUUGGUGGGCUGCGAUAACGGAGCGAUCGAAAAAGCCGAGAAAAUUAAAAAAGAGGGAGAUGAGAAGAAAAUGAAACUCGUUCCAGAUGCUUUCCUCCCCAGCCUUGCUCCUUUUGGGGAAUAUUUAUGCAUUUAGAUGAAGUCUGCCAAGAAAAGGGAUUUCCAUAUCCAAAAAAGUAUCUUAGAUCAUAUUCAAAAUUCAAACUAAGGCGCCAAAAAGAUGAACAGCUGUUUUGUUUCUCAUCACUCUGUGCUAAAUUACUUUGGUAUUUUAUCUUUUAGCACAAGUCGCGAGUUAGUGCUACCAGUAUGUUUGUAAUAUUUUAGUUUUAAAAUUUGUAAUCUAAAAUAGUAAAGCAAAUUGCCAAUUUUCUAUAGAAACUAAAAGUCUUGCUUCAAUAAUCUCGAAGAAAAAUGUUGAAUUAGUGUAAUAACUAAAAAAUACAUGUUGUUGGUAUAUUUUUGGUAUUUGAUUGAUUGCACUGAAAGAGGAAGAGUGAUAAGAUAUCGAACUAUCGAAGAACGAUAGGCCCCGAUAGGUUCGGACAAGACAAAGAACAAAAUGUUCUCUGCAAAAGCUGUGCUAGUUUAAAAACGCAAAAAGUCAGUGCAUCUAGCGCAUUGUCAGUGGCGCAUAAGAUAUUUCUAUAAAUAGCGAAAAAUGAAAAUAAACUGCAGGCGAAAUAAAAAAAACACCUUGAGCUGAGUGCAACGGCUGUGCGAGUGUGUGUGCGUGAGAGCGAGAGUGCGCUCGUGUGUGUGUACACAUGCAUGUGGAUAAACGAAAAUAAAACAAGGGACCGCCCCCCGCCGUAGAAUAGCCACCCCGCAAAGUUCAUCACCCUAACCAGAAUCGGUGGCACUGCAUCGCGCUAAAUCGGCCACUUUCCAUUAUCCGCAUCCACCGCCCCUCCCCUCCCUGGGUACUUCAUCCACCUCCUGCGAAAACAACAACAGCAACCACCAGCGCCCUUACAACAACUGUUACAAAAGAGCAA